CGAAUUGAUUCACUUGAACGAGUCAUUUAAAAGGAAUCGAUUCGCUUUUGAAUCGCACUUGGCUCCUCGCGACCGGAAGUUCUUCCUCUUCACUUGGUCCGUGUGACCAGAGGCAAUAUUAACAGCACGUAAUACGAUGGCUACUCGGCUGCUCGUGAGGAGAAUCUGGGCCGUCUCUGUGAAAGACUCGCGCCGCCUCCCCGCCGCCGCUGCCUCGCUCUCAUCCUCAUCCUCAUCACGCUCUUCCUCCCUCAGCACCUCGGUCCACACGCGGUCCUUCCUGUCUCCUUCUCGCUCGCUCCUUCUUUCCUCACACAGGUGCAUCUCCUUCAACGUGCAGGACAACGACGACUUCACCGAGAGGGUCAUCAACAGCGACCUGCCCGUGCUGGUGGACUUCCAUGCGCAAUGGUGUGGUCCCUGUAAGAUCCUGGGUCCCAGGCUGGAGAAGGCCGUUGCUAAACAGAAGGGUCGCGUUGCCAUGGCCAAAGUGGACAUUGAUGAUCACACGGACCUCGCUAUAGAAUACGGGGUGUCGGCGGUUCCCACGGUGAUAGCCAUGCGCGGCGGUGACAUUAUCGACAAGUUCGUAGGGAUUAAAGAUGAAGACCAGCUGGAUUCGUUUGUCAACAAGCUUAUUGGACAAUGAACCUGUCAGUCAAAGCCUCAAGCCCAACCCUUCUGUACACUUUAGUUUACAGCUCUGAAAAAAGCCACAUUCAUUUACAUACACACACACACACACACACCCACCCCACAUACACCAGGCUAAUCCACGACUUGCCUCUACCAGCCGUCACACUGUAUCCAUUAGAUGCUUUUGUAUAUGAAUGUGUGCGUGUUCGUUCAUUCUUUUAUUCGUAACUGACCCUCUUGCUGCUGACCUUCACAAAUUCCUUGGAGUUCUGUUUAAGGGAAAGAAAAAGAAAGGAAAUUUUUUUUAGAGCUCCAUAUCAUCACAGCCAAUGCAGUUCUUGUCGCAGUUCUUGCUGUCGUCCACCAGAGGGCGACCUUCCUCUUUAAUCAUGACCAAAUGACCGUCAUGUUUUGUCUCACACUUAUCUCAGAGGUCAGGUACGUCUAAUCCUGAUAAAGGCAGUUACAUAUACGAAGACGAGAGCACUGAUCCCAGACCAGUAUUCUCACUCAGAGAGGAUAAUGAUGAUAAUAAAUAGGAGCCUGUGCAUGAGUGAGAAAACGUGUGUCCAGAUUUUGUUUCAGUUUUGACUGUGAAAUUGGAUUUCUACCAGAAAGCAUGGCUGCUGAUUAAAUUUCGAUUUUUAUCUCCUUUAAGCUGGUGUGUAAUAUGACCUGCUGAAGUGGAUUUAGAAAUAAAGCUGAUGUAUGAUGUUCUAAAA